AUGACGCGUCGCCCGCUUGACUGCGCCGCAGAAGCAGAGGGCGCUGCCGGGGGACUAUAUGUAGACGGGUACGGCCUUUACCGGCGGGAGUCUGAACCUGUUGAAGAGGAAUAUGUAGACUUUGCAGAUCUCAAAUCGAAUCUCCUAUCAUCCAAUCCGACCGAGCGGGUAGAUUUUGAUACGCUGUCCCGAGACCUCCAAAUCACCGUCGAGCACACGCGGCUUCUUAUCAAGAUGAUUUCCUCCAUUUUGCACGACAUAGUUCGAUCUGCUGAUGGAGGCUGGUGGAGACCCUGCUGGGGUCGAUGGAAUUGGGGAGAAAUCAAUCUACGAGAGCAGUCAACGGAUCAGACUUCAGGAUGGACUGUUUUGUUAUUCAUAACAGUGUCAGACACUAACUACCUAUUUAUGGGAGUUUAUGUUGAUCGUGGCUACUACUUGGUCGAAACUGUUACUCUUUUAGUAGAUCUAAAAGUACGCUAUCCUCAUCGUAUUACAAUUCUCUGGGGGAAUCAUGAAAGUAGACAGAUCAACCAAAGUCUAUGGAUUCUUUGA